AACCAUUCCUUGAUAAUCUUUCUCCAGUUCUUCUGUUUCGUGUCAUAGAGAACAUAUGUUUGAUCAGUGAACUGACGUCUCCGUUCUGCCACCCGGUUAAGGAGUGACAUCGUACUAACAGAAAGUUUACAUGUAGUUCAAAUGACUAACGGUCAGUCUUUACGAUUGUACUUCAUCCUAUUCACAAUGUUCCGCAUUCUUAGAAACUCUGAUACCAUGCCGAGAAGAUUAAAUGAUGCAAUCACGGUUGCUAUUCUACUGCUGGGGUGCAUAAUUCUGUGAACCCUGCAUCUAUUAGAGAUGUAAAAACGUUGUGUCCGGUGCUCCAUUGAUAACGCGGGAACACUGGCUUGUUAUCCAAGCUGAUCAUGUACUACAUAGCCCGCUCGUAUGAUGACCGGCAAUUAGCAGUCGAGCGAGAAUGGAUGACGAGAAAGUACAAGCUUAUUUAUAUCACAUCCCAACAUGUUGCUCACGACACCUGUUGCAGUCUCUGACUGCUCAUGACUGAACCCGUCGUGUUGACGCAGAUUCCUGCAGAUGACCCGAGAGUCAUUUAUGACAGAGGGGUCUGGCACCCAUGGCCAGUGGAAAACUCAAGCUCACGAUAUACGACGAAGGCGAACGCAACAGCGUCGCUCACUUUUAAUGGUACCUUAAUAGUUGCCUACGGCAUCGUGAAUAUUUCAUCAGGUCAAGCAACUUACCAGCUUGACUGUACUAACUCGUCAACUCCAAAAUUGCCACCACCGUCGAAUACUUCUCUUCCCUUAUAUCCUUCUCAGAAUGUCGACAACAGCGAACACCAGUUGACGGUCACAGCUAUGGAUGAAGGCCAACCGUUCAUCCUCAGCCAUUUCGUGGUCGCGACCAGCGGGGAGAUAACUGGCCGACCAGUAGAUAAAUUUAUGUCCUGCUUGAAUCAUAGAGACUUUGACUCUGUCGGACAGGGUCAAAGUACAGAUUCAAGCGUGCGACCACUUCCUGUCGGCGCGAUAGCUGGGAUUGUGGUCGGAAGUGUUCUGUUUUUGGCGUUGGUGACUGUUCUGGCUGUCUGUCAGUGGCGACGUCGUCGAUGUCCCCGGAAGACCACACUGGCGGAUAAUGGUUUUGCUAUCAUUGAGAUCGAUAACGUGAAUCUCAAAAGGCAUCCACUCUAUGACUUCAUGUCGUUUAAAGCACCAGAUCCAUUGCCUGGCAGCGUACCACCCAUCUCAAAUACCUUCACUCCUACCUCCGCCUCACAAUCCUCCGCAAUGUUCAGUUCAGUGAUCAUGAUACCACCUUUCCCCUCCACAACUACUGGUUCUGUUCCAGAUACAAACCGCAACUGACCGUAAUCUGCAUCUGAACUGGGUUGAUACUCAUUCCAUUACAUUGAACUGUAUCCGUAGGAUUUGCACAGUGCUCGCAUUCCAAGAUUACCUUAGACCCUAUUCUGUGCACAGCCAGCUAUUACACCCUGUAUAAUCCUUAGUACACAUCUUCAAACACAGCUGCGAUCACCUUCUUCU